AUGGGAAACAUAGCUCAAUUAACUCCAGAGCAUAUUUCUUUUCUUAAUGAGCACUUGAAGACUCUUUCGGCGUACAAUAUCAUCAAGUGGGCAUACUUUACUUUCCCCUAUUUGUAUCAGACAACAGCGUUUGGAUUAACAGGAUUGGUAACCGUUGACAUUAUAUCUAAAUUAUCCCAGGAAUUGGAAAAGGAUCAUUUGAUUGAUUUGAUCUUUCUUGACACAUUGUAUCAUUUCCCACAAACUCAUGAGUUGGUAAAAAAGGUUGAGCAAAAAUAUCACCCAAAAUUGCAUAUCUACAAACCCAAGGAUGUGAACACCGAACAAGAAUUUGUUGCCAAAUAUGGUGAUCAGUUAUGGGAAUCGAAUGACGCAUAUUAUGAUUUUUUGGUCAAGGUGGAACCGAGCCAACGUGCUUACAAAGAGUUAAGUGUUUCGGCUGUGCUAACUGGAAGAAGAAAGUCUCAAGGUGGAGCCCGUAGCGAGUUGACAAUUUUGGAAUACGAGGAAACAAGUGGAGUUAUCAAGAUAAACCCAUUAUGGAAUUGGGAUUUUAAACAAGUAAAGGCGUAUAUUGAUGAGAAUAAGGUUCCAUAUAAUGAGCUAUUAGAUUUAGGUUAUAAGUCUAUUGGCGACUGGCAUUCUACAGUACCAGUUGCGGAUGGUGAAGAUGAAAGAAGCGGGCGAUGGAAGGGUAAACCAAAGACUGAAUGUGGAAUCCAUGUUACCAAAAAGUACACGGAAUACAUGAAGGAAUAA